CGGCCCGGCGCCAUCUUGGCUAAGGGCAGCGGCGCUGCCCGCUGAGGCGGCGCCGGCGCCAUCUUGGGUGCGGGCAGCGCGGGGGGGACUUUGCCCGCGGCCUCCGGCCUCUGCAGACCCCCGCAGCUCCCCGGCCCCCCGCGCAGCCGCCGGGCCAUGGCGGGGCCCCCGGGGCCGAAGCCGCUGGUGGCCGUGGGCCAGGUCACCUCCACGCCCGACAAGGAGCUCAACUUCGCCGCCUGCGCCGCGCUGGUGCGGGAGGCGGCUCGGCGCGGCGCCUGCCUCGUCUUCCUCCCCGAGGGCUUCGACUACAUCGGCCGCGACCCCGUGCAGACGCUCAGCCUGGCCGAGGGCCUGGACGGGGACCUGAUGGGACGCUACGCGCGGCUGGCCAGGGACUGCGGCGUGUGGCUGUCCCUGGGCGGCUUCCACGAGCGCGGGCGGGACUGGGCGGCCACGCGGCGCAUUUACAACUGCCACGCGCUGCUGGACCCCGCAGGGCGCGUGGUGGCCGCCUACAGGAAGACCCACCUGUGUGACGUGGAGCUGGAGGGGCGCGUCACCAUGAAGGAGAGCGGCUUCACCAACCACGGCACUGAGAUCGUGCCCCCGGUCAGCACGCCGGCCGGGAAGCUCGGGCUCUCCAUCUGCUACGACCUGCGCUUCCCCGAGAUCUCGCUGGCGCUGCGGCGAGCCGGGGCCGAGAUCCUCACCUACCCCUCGGCCUUCACCGUCACCACGGGCUCUGCGCACUGGGAGGUGCUGCUGCGGGCGCGGGCCAUCGAGAGCCAGUGCUACGUGGUGGCGGCGGCGCAGACGGGCAGGAACCACGAGGGCCGCGCCUCCUACGGCCACACGCUGGUGGUCGACCCCUGGGGCACCGUGGUGGCGCAGUGCGGCGAGGGGCCGGGGCUCUGCUACGCCGAGAUCGACCUCGAGUACCUGCAGCGCGUCCGCCGCGAGAUCCCGGUGCAGGAGCACCGGCGGCCUGACCUCUACGGCACCGUGGGGCUGCCCGCGACGCCCUGAGCCCCCCUCCCCCGGCACCAACGACCCCGCCGGCCCCACCCCGAAACCGGAGCCAGGCUGGACCCGCUCCGUUUCGGGCCGUUUCUCCCCAAAAAGGCAGCAGCUGGGGCAGGAACACGCGCUCAGGGCUCACCCUGUGCCUCGCGGCCCCCCCGUGCCGCAGCCAGGGGGGUGCUCCCCGCUUCUUGGAGCCCCCCCAAGCCCCCGCAGCACGGGGGGCGGUCGGGGGGGGAAGGAAGGAGCCAGGCGCUGCGGUAGAUGUUUAUUUCAAGAAAACCGAAAGCUACACAGGGCAUAUGACUGUUAUAUCGAGGUUUAAAAAAUACAGAAGUCACAGAAAUUACA